AUGAUCCGUCCGGCACCAUACCAUCUCAUCGUCCUAGGCCUCCUCGGCGUAUCCUCGAUAUGGGGCUUCAUCGGGUACUGGGGCCACAUGUUCGACAAUUUUGGCUCCAUUGUGGCCACCGGACACCUACCUGAUGGACGGGUUAUGCGAUUGAGCUAUACGGGGGUGGAUGUGCUGGACCGUCAGAUCACUCCGGUCAUUGCUUUCUAUGAAGUUCUCAGCAAUGGUCUCUCCCUGGGUCCACGGUUACUAUUCCUCGAUAUCAAUUUCGUCAUUGCCUGCACGAAUGUUUGGGUUAUGAUUGAGGCGCGGAGACGGGGAGUACAGAGUGUUAUGCUAAAAUAUCCCUUCGUCUGCAUGCUGCUGUGGAACUUCAUCGGCGCUGCCCUGAUCCAGCCUCACUAUCUCUACCUCAUCGAGCAAAGCUACCGCCGACUUCCGUCUCAGGAUCCAACUAUUCCCCGACACGAAGCUAUCGCUUUGUUUCUGACAACUAUCAUGGCGGUCUCCUGCCCUGCCCUCCUCUUUGCCCCUGCGUGGCUACAAGCCAACACAUGGACACACCAUGGACUCAUCGGACUCUUCCAUACCACCCCCAUCCUUCUCGCCAUAGCCUUCUUUAUCACAUCCAGAAUUCUCAGCUCCCCAUCACUCCGUUACCUAACCCAAUCACCCGCGGAUGCAGACUUCAACCCCCGGAUCCACCCCGACCAACCCUGGGUCACCCGUUCAUACAUCCUCGCGGGUACAGCCUCAGCCACGGUCCACCUCUUCACAAUGAUUACAGCACUACGAACGCAAAACCCCGACAUAACACUCCUCCGUCUUUUCAUCCCAACAAAGCAGAGACUAGCCAUCGCAAACACCCUACCGUUAUCAUGGACGGAGCCGAAGUUGAAUACUACAUCCACCAGCUUGUUGACUGAGACUAAUGGGAAAGCUGCCAGGGUCCUAGAACAAUUCCACCUUUUUAGCCAAUUCGACUGGAUAGUAGUCUCGCUAGCGUGUAUCGUCUUUACGCAUCUUCUCCUGUCCCAGGCGAGGGAGAAGAAGUCUCUGAGAGAGGAGGGGAUGUCUCAUACGGGGCUGAUGGAUGAUGUCGACGGGAGGGAUCUGGGGCUUUUACUGCUUGGGACUGUAAUUCUGGGGCCUGGAGCGGCGGGGUCAUUUGCUCUUGCUCAAUGGCAGCUCCUGUAG